CAAAAUUUGCCUUCCUCUUCUCCAUCUCCCUCCAAAAAUAACAGAAUGUCUCUCUUUCUUCUGAACCCUCCAUCUCCACCACCCUCUAAACUCCUCAAACUCAAACACAGACACAAACACAAACACUCUCCCUUCUCCACUCCCCCAAUUCCACCACUCCUCCCUCCCAAAAACUCCUCCACCUUCAAACCCCUCAACUCCACACAAAAGCUCCCUUCAAACCCCAAUCCCUCUCUCUCCAAAACCCUCAAUUCCCUCAAACCUUACCUCCUCUCUCAGCACAAACCCAUAUUAUUCGGCUGGCUCUGCAGCCUCAUCUCUGUCUUCUCCCUCUCCAAGCUCGUCCCCAAGCUCUCCCAAUUCUCCUCCACCGUCACCACCACCACCACCACCACCGCCCUCAAGUUGAGAGACCAGGGUUUGGUCUUGGGGGCUUUGCUGUUGGUCCGAUUCGUCGCCAGUUACUGGCAGCAAGCGUUCCUGUGGGACGCUGCUUUGAACGCCGGGUUUCGAAUUAGGUUCCAUGUUUUUGACCGGGUCCUGCAGAGGGACCUUGCGUUUUUUGAAUCUUCAGGUGCUGUUUCGUCUGGAGAUAUCGCGUAUCGGAUCACUGCUGAGGCCGCCGAUGUGGCCGAUACGAUCUACGCUAUUCUCAAUACCAUUGUACCCAGUACUUUGCAAUUGUCCGCAAUGGCAGCACAGAUGUUAAUGAUCAGCCCUGUGCUUUCUUUGAUUUCAGCUAUGGUAAUUCCGUGUAUGGCUCUUUCCAUUGCCUAUCUUGGUGAGAAACUUAGAAAGAUAUCCAAGAGGGCACGUAUGAGCAUUGCUUCCCUCUCAGCCUAUCUAAAUGAGGCCCUUCCAGCAAUUCUAUUUGUGAAAGCAAGCAACUCAGAGCCGUGUGAGAGUGCCCGGUUUAAAAGGCUUGCUCACACUGAUUUAUGUGAACAUUUGAAGAAGAAGAAAAUGAAAGCAUUCAUACCUCAGAUGACACAGAUUAUAUAUUUUGGAGCAUUAUUUAUAUUUUGUGUUGGCUCACUGGUGGUUUCAAGCGGUUCUUUUGAUGGCUGUAGCAUGGUUUCAUUCGUAACAUCAUUGGUUUUUUUAAUUGAGCCAAUUCAGGGUGUGGGAAAGGCAUACAAUGAGUUGAAGCAAGGAGAACCAGCUAUUGAACGCCUGUUUGAGUUGAUGAGGUUCAAGUCUAAGGUCAUUGAGAAAUCAGAUGCCAUUGACUUGUACAAUAUCAUAGGAGAGGUGAAAUUUUGCAAUAUCUCAUUUAGAUAUGGGGACAAUAUGCCCUUUGUUUUGAAUGGAUUGAAUCUCCAUGUCCAAGCUGGAGAGACCAUAGCUCUUGUUGGGCCCUCUGGUGGAGGAAAGACGACCCUUGUAAAAUUGCUUCUCCGGCUUUAUGAUCCUUUAUCUGGUUGCAUACUUAUUGAUAACCAUAACAUACAAGACAUCCGGUUGGAUAGUUUGAGGAGACAUGUCAGCCUGGUUCCUCAGGAUAUAACACUUUUUUCAGGAACGGUUGCUGAAAACAUUGGCUAUAAGGAUCUGUUGUCAAAAAUUGACAUGGAUAGUGUGGAGCAUGCAGCACAAACGGCAAAUGCUGAUGAAUUUAUCAGAAAACUUCCAGAAGGGUACAAAACUAAUAUUGGACCAAGGGGCUCGAUUUUGAGUGGAGGCCAAAAGCAGAGACUAGCACUUGCAAGGGCACUCUAUCAGAACUCCUCUAUAUUGAUACUGGAUGAAGCAACUUCUGCUUUGGAUAGUAGGUCUGAGUUAUUGGUGAGACAAGCCAUGGAGCGCAUAAUGGAAAAUCAUACUGUACUGGUCAUUGCACACCGCAUGGAAACAGUUUUGAUGGCUAAGCGAGUAUUCCUUUUGGAUGAUGGGAAGCUAGAGGAGCUAAAUCGCUCAACGCUUUUGGGUGGUAGUCACCAUGACAAGGUGUUAUCUACUGGGCUUGUGAUCUGAGAACAGUGCAAAAGGUUAUGGACUGACAAUUAAUAAAUGGGUCAUAGGAAGCAGAGUGAAAGUAACAACCCUGAUGAGCUCCAUGGUGGCUGUGAUGCUCUAUGUAUUCAUCCUAAGAAAGAAGCAUGUCUACAGAUGGUUGCAGAAUAGAGCAGGUGCCUGUUUGAGAUGAACAAAUCAAAUCCAAUCCUUUAAGUUUUAACAUCGGCAAUCUCUCCAAUCAAAAAAAAAAAAAAAAAACGGCAAA